AUGAACCCCAUCCGCAUCAUCGGUGCCGCCGGCGAAACGUGCCGCGUGGUAAUCCAACGUCUCAUCCCAGCCAUCUCCAAUCCCCUCGUCUUAGCAGACAUCAACCUCCCAGCCGUGGAGUAUCUCAUCGCCAACUUCCCCUCUGGACGAGCUGUCCCCCUCCAUCUCACCCUCCACGACUGCUCCGCACUCCUAGACACCAUGCACUCGCCGGGUCUUCUCGUGUGCGCUGUCGGUCUGCGAAAUGGUCAUCCUGCUAUGGUGACCAAGCGAAAGCCUGCCGUGGGUGCUGGUGCUGGUGCUGGAAAUGGGGGAUUUCUUAUGAAAUCGAUGACCAGCAUCACGGGUACAUAG